AUGGCCGGGGUCUCGGAUACAAUUGUAGUCGGCGGGGAUGACUCGGAUGAAUCCCACGACGAGAGCGACGACAGCAUUGACUAUGGCGAGAGCGCAGAGGGGCAGGAACAGGAGCAGCUCGAGCCAGAUGCUGCAAACGAUGACUAUGCCAAAUCCUUUGAUUCACCCACAGAUCGUCAGAAUCAAAGCGAGGCUGACGAGGUUCAGCCUGAUGUAUCAAUGGCCACAGAAUCCAUGAGUAGUUCAUCUGCGCCUGACCCCUUGACUAGCCAGUCUUCAACUGCCGCUGCCUCUUCUGAUCACCCGUCGCCCCGUUCGCUAGGCUUGCCUCCCACCAACGCUUCCGCCGAAAGGUCCUCCGAGGCUCCGUCUUCGGUCUCUGCCCCGGCCGCCACUCCACCUUCCACGACGCCUGCCACGGCCGGCGCUGAGAAGGACCCUUCCGUUACCUCUCCGCCUGCUGCGGUUCCCGCUACCGCUCCAACCCCUGCACCAGCAAAUGAUGAUGCCUCCUCUAUUGACAUCCAAAAGCUGGUAGAUGGCAUUACUGCCAAAGGUGCCGCCACAGCCUCGCUCCCAAACCCGCCGGCUCAAGCUAGCCCAACCACCACAACUCAAGCUGCUCCGGCUAUCACAACCCCGUCUUAUCCUGCUUCUCUUCCUCCAAAGCCAUCUCUUCCUCUGCCACCAAACAAUUUGCCAGCCAUCCCCCAUCCUCACCACUCAUUCCAAACCCGAGGCCCUACUGCCUCCACACCAUCAGCGGUGUCGAUGACCCUUGCCAACCCCGCCGCAUCGCAUGGCACAUACAUGUCCGCCGGUCCGCCCGGCGUUGCAACUGAAGGUGUCUCAUCCUUGCCGCCGCCGCCCCCCACGCCGUAUGGCGGCGUCCCGCAUGCCCAUGCCCAUUUGCAUAAUGCUCAUCACAUGCCCGUUGCUGGAGAUUCAUCCUCCGGAAACUUCCAUGGGUCGUCCAUCAAACAGUUGUGGGAGAUUUUCCAGGCCGAUGAGAAGCGCUACACAUCAGAGGCGAAAUGGGAAAGAUUCCCCGAAGGAUCUCGCAUUUUCAUCGGAAACCUAUCCAGCGAGAGGGUCUCGAAACGUGAGGUGUUUGACGUCUUCCACAGAUUUGGCCGGCUAGCACAGAUCUCUUUGAAGAAUGCGUAUGGUUUUGUGCAGUACCACACCGUUGCCGAGGGCCAGGCCGCCAUGCAGGGCGCUCAGGGGAUCGAGCUUGGCGGCCGCAAAAUUCAUCUCGAGAUUUCGCGCACACAAAAGAAGAAGGAUGACAGAGAUCGCUCACCGGAUCGCCGGACUCAGCGCGGCGUCCGUGGGAAUGAUCGGUACGAAAAUGGGGAUCGUGCUUGGAGACGAGACGACUACCGGCCAGGGCGCUCUCCUUCACCCCGCCGGACUGACGCCCGCGGCAGCCGAGAUAGUUUUUAUUCUCGAGACCGUGAUCUUAGUGGCGGCAACCAUGACCGUCGCCGAUCCCGGUCUCCUGCGCGCUAUAAUCGCUAUGAAACUGAGUCCUAUAGGCGCCGGAGCCCCAGCCCUCACCGCCGAACCAUGUCUGAAGGCGAUCGACUCGAUAUCCCUCGCCGCUUCGGAUCCGACGUCCCGGACGUCCAAGUUUUAUUGCUCCAGGAAAUUUCAAGGGACUUUGUCAGCUGGGUCCAGGGGGCUUUUCACCAGAGAGGUCUGAAGACGGACGUCAUGUACCUCAAUCCGCGAUUUCCUCGAGACGCCGUGGUACAGCGUCAGAUUGUUGAGGGAGUGCAUGCCAUUGUCGACCUGGACUAUACCGCCCAGUCACAGGGCAAAAUCCCCAUUCAAGUUUUCUACCGGUCCGGCGGCAGCAGUGUCCGCUUCGAGCUCUAUAAGGAGGAUCCCGCCGUGGCGGCAGAAAUCGUGCUUAGAGAGAAGGCGCAGUCUGGGGCUCAUCUCGCCCAGGCCCGGCCGCCUUACGCCUCCAGCAGUUACAGCCAGCCAUACCCGGCAGAGGUACCUCCUGUCGGCUACCAGUAUCCGUACUCCCAGCCAGCUGCGCCUCCGCAGGUCCAGCCAGCGGCUCCGGUACCCGACCUUACCAGCAUGGUUGGCCAGCUCGACAACUCGGCCUUGCAAGCACUCCUGGCGUCCCUCCAGACUCCGCAGGCUAACCAUGCUCACGCCGGCUACGCACCCGCCGGAGUACCAGCUGCUGGUGCGCCUCAAGCUCAGAUUGACGUAAAUGCGCUUCUCGGCAACCUCAGGAAUGCUGCCGCGACGCAGGCAACGCCGGUUCCGGGCGCCCCCAGUUACGGAGUGCCUGCGGCAUAUGCCCCGCCCUUGAACAACGCGGUUCCUAACGGCCACGGAGGUAUAGCCGGCCUCGGCGGGAUUGAUACCGCGCAACAGGUUCAGACAAUCAUUGAUCAGCUGAAGCGGGCCGCGCAGUAG